CAGAUGAUGACCGCAUGUCCCUGACGACGGCGGUGAGCGAGGACGAAGAAGGAGAGAGCGUGCACAACUCGCCCUACAAGGCCCCGCGCGCCGGCACGACCGCCGCGUCCUUCAACUGCACCGGCGCCGUCAGGAAGGCUGGGUUUCUGAGCGUGAAGAAGUGGCUGCUGCGUAAGAAGCACCAGAUUGAGCUGGCGAGGAAGCGCGGCUGGAAGGGCUACUGGGUAUGUCUGAAGGGCACGACGCUCCUGUUCUACCCGUGCGACUCGCGCGAGGGCCGCUCCGUGGAGGCGGCGCCCAAGCAUCUCAUCAUCGUGGACGGCGCCAUCAUGCAACCCAUCCCCGAGCACCCGAAGAGGGACUACAUCUUCUGUCUUUCCACGGCGUUCGGAGACGCUUAUCUCUUCCAGGCCCCAUGCCAGGUCGAACUCGAGAACUGGGUGAACAGCAUCCACAGUGCUUGCGCCGCCGCCUUCGCUCGCCACCGCGGCAAGACAGGAACUCUGCAUCUUCUCCAGGAGGAAAUUUUCAGAAUCGACCGCGCCAUAGAAUCGGACUCAAAGCUGAAGCACAUGGCUGAGUUGCAGCUGUCAGUGGUGUCUGAUGCAGAGAGCAAACAGCAGAUUAUGGGUCAGAUCAAGCAGUGGGAGGAGAAUCUAGAACGUCUACAUUGUGAACAAUUCCGCCUGCGGUGCUACAUGGCAUCUCUACAAGCAGGAGAACUGCCAAAUCCAAAGGGACUCCUGACUCAUGUGUCACGCACAACCAAGACAACUCUGAACCGUUUAGGUGUAUUCACAGUGAGCAGCUUCCAUGCAUACAUUUGUGCCCGUAGUCCUUCCCUGCUCAACAAUCUCCUUGCAGGCAGAGGAGCAACUAAACGCAGGGCACCCAUGUUAUCACGGAGCAACAGUGUGUCAUCACGAAGAUCCUUACAGAUGCAACAGCAACUUGAAGGUGAAAAGCAAUACAAAGUCAACCUUCCAGAUAACCAGACUGUGACCAUUAGCAUAAAAGAUUCCAUGACUGUGGAGGAAUUCCUGGUAGCAGCAAGUGGCAGGAAGAACCUUAACCCAAUGGAACACUUUGUGAGAGUCAAGAAACGUCGUGAGUUGGAGGAAACCAACUACUUCGUCCCUCAUCGUACAGACCUCAUAGAGAACUAUUUGGCAACUCAUGAAGUAGUUGAGAUCUGCGCCAAGAUCCUGUACCAGGUGGAGUUGUCUCGCUCCUCACUUGACCACAUGUGGGGCUUCAGUGUGGAGGCAGAGCUCAUUGAGAAUUCUGAGCGGCAGGAUGAACUUUGCUGCUACAUCUCCAGGGUGGAAGAUAGAUCCACUGCCAUGCAAAAUGGCAUCAUCAAGGGAGAUGAGAUCAUGGUGAUCAAUGGUGCAAUUGUUAGUGACUUGGACAUGAUGUAUAUAGAAAGUGUUCUACAAGAGGAGCUUGCCCUCUGUCUCAUGAUGAGGUCUUCUCGAACGGAUCCACCAGACUUAGCUUCUUUAAUGAAGACAACAGAUGAGAUCAUCGAGUCGUUAGUGUGUCCCCCACCACCCACAGAGACCUCCCUAAAUGAGGAGAUGAUUUCCAGGAUGAUUGUUCCAGCGCCAACAUGGAGCAAGGCCAUACUCCCUGGUAAAGAGCCAGCAAGUCCGGAUGGCUUCCCACCUCCCGCCUCGGAUACCUCAGAGCGAUCAAAUGUCUCAUCCUUGGAGAUUGAAAAUUUUCUUAGGCAGAACUCUGAAUUGAGUGGAUGCUGUCGGUCACCUGUCGAGCGGAGGUCAAGCCCCACGGGUUCUAUCGCCUCCACUCAGAGCCAGUCGCAGUUGACGCCCUCCCGCCAACUCAGCGACGGCGAGCGCCUCAAGAAGGUCAUCCUGGAGCUUAUCGACACGGAGAGGAGUUACGUCAAGCACCUGAACAACCUCUUGGAGAAUUACCUGGAGCCCCUGAAGAGUGCAUCGUUCCUGAGUUCGGCCGAAGUCAAUGCGCUCUUCGGCAACAUCCGGGAGAUCGUGGCCUUCCAGAGGCUGUUCCUGCAGGCCCUUCAGGAGGCGCUCGACAUGGAGCCCGGCUUCUCCAAGUUCGACCAGCCCUACGAGUUUAAGAAUGUGCUGUUCUCCAUUGGCAGUGCUUUCCUCUACUAUGCCAGCCAGUUCAAGUUGUAUAGCUCCUUCUGCGCCUCCCACUCCAAAGCUCAAAAAGUCCUACAUCCUAAGGCUCUGAAAGUUAUGGAGAAGGUAGCCGAGCACAUCAACGAGAUGCAACGGAUCCAUGAGGAAUAUGGUGCAAUAUUUGAUCACUUGUUCCGUCAGCACCAAAAGUCUUGCAAACAAGACCCUAGGAUCUCACGUGAUCCACACCUCCCACAGCCCAUCGACCUCUCUCCUGGGGAUCUUCUGUACUAUGGAGGAGUGGAGUGGCUCAACAUUUCUGACUUCCUUGGCAAAAUAAAGAAGGGGCUGGAACUUCAUGCCAUGUGCUUUGUCUUUAAAACGGCUGUAGUCUUCUUGUGCAAAGAAAGACUAAGACAAAAGAAAAAGUUGAUGGUUAGUGCUGUUGGAGUCCCAGGCAAAAAUAGUUCAUCAGAAGUAGAAAUAAUAAGGUAUCAAGUGUUGAUCCCUGUGACGGAGGUUCAAGUCCGUGCCUCCUCCAUGAAGGACAUGGACUCUCAUUUCCUUUGGGAGCUUAUUCAUCUAAAGAGCCAGCUCCAGAGGCGGUCUGAGAAGGUUUACCACUUGUCAAAUAGCACAUCAGAAUUCCGCAACGCUUUCUUGAAAACUAUUCGACAGAUCAUCAGAGAGUCAGUUCGCAACAUGAACAUCCCAGCAAACAAGCCAUCUUCAUCUUCAUCCAAUAUAUCUAAUAAGGGAAACACUAACACCCUGCAACCAUCUCGCUCUGUGCCAAAGAAAAAAGCACCCACAGUUCAGUCAGCCACCCUGCAACGGCACUCAGCAGGUAACAUAGACUAUGACAACUUGGAGAGCUACGAUAAUGUGCCUGAGACGCAGAUUGGGCAUGACCAGUCCAACUUCCAAACACGUAGCAAGACCGUGUCGGACGGCAUGGACGAACUCAGUGACUCCACCACCAAGAGCGACGGCGGCAAGGACGAAGUGGGAACGCGAUCGGAGGGCGAGGAGGAGGUCAUAGAGAAGAAAAAGGCGACCCUAGGCCGGACCCCCAACCACCUCUCGCUGUCCACCACCUCGACGCUCUCAACGGGCUCCACUGGCUCCAUGGCCAAGCUUAUCCAGGCCAGCAACCAGCCAUCCCAGUACCAACCAGCCAAGAGUGUUGGUUCCCCAGUGUGGAAGCCCCGUGAUGCCUUCGCCCCAGGUGCAGGCAGCACCUUUGGUGCAGGUGCCGGAGGUGCUGGUCAGCGAGGAGAGUCACUAACACUGCCUCGUGCAGGAAAGCCCAGUGGCCGAGAGGAUCACUUCCUGGUCUACGAGGAAUAUGGUGGCAACAUCUACAUGAGUAGCAAAAAAGACACAGAUGAUGAAGUAAAAGAUACAGCCAGUAGAAGUGGAUGUCCAAGCAUACCAGUUAUACCAGGGGUUCCAAUCCCCACCAAUGGAAGUGCUCAUAGUAGUAGUCCAGCCUACACGUGUGGAAGUGUCACCACGCACCACCUACGACCAUCCCAUCUAUCUACUCACUACACUGACCAGCAAUCACAGGGUGCGAUACACAGACCUUCACAUGACUCUCUCCGACCUGUCUCAGUGAAUGGGAGUUCUUUUCAUGCACCUUCUCCGGAUGUAGGGUCGUGUGGAAAUAUUGGUUCAGGAGGAAGAAGGGGUGUGCAUGGAGAUGGCCUAAAGAGUUCUCCUUGGCCAGGUUUCCCUUACACUGGGGGUGGGGAGAGCCACCCAGAGGAAGACAUGGAAAGUGUACUUGGCAAUGGUACCAUUACUAUUGAUGCUCUCCUCCAGCAACUGCGAGCACUUUCUUAGUUACCUUUUCAAUGCAAUAUCAGUUGUUUGUGUCCAGCUCUCCAUUAUCAAUCAGUUAAUGCUCCAGUCCCAGUCUUCAGUCCUGCAUAAAAUAAAAUAUACUAUUUCAUUUUCUUUCUUUUAAAUAGUUAUGUUGCCUGGAAACAAAAUUCCUUAUAUGAAAUAAAUGUAAGUCUUACCAAUUACUUAUCCACAAGAUAAGAACAAACAGGGUCUUUGUUGGCCACUUUUGCUUGGCUAAUGCUUUCUGCUCAAAGUUUACUUUUUGUAUAUAAUGUGUUAGGUUAGUGUAAGAGAGAUAAAGGAUGUAACAGAAAUGUUGAUAUUUUCACCAUUUCAGUCAAGCCAACACCUGGCAACAGGUAGCAAUUUUUCCAGCAUUAUGUACCAGCUUGUUUACAAGCUGAAUUUUAACACUUGGGCAUUUUCAUUACGUUAUGUGAGACUCGCCACGUUAUCUAGUCUACAAGACUUUAAUCAUUAAGGUAUUACAUUUAAUUUCAAAUUUCAUGACCCUUAUAUAAUCCUUUCCUUUGUUAUUGAUGUAUUUACUCUGAUCUUCAGAAUUUGACUCACCUUUUUGAUUAUCCCAUGCUUGAUGUAGUUUGAUUUUUUUCUUCUUCAUCAUCUACAUCUGUUUUAUAUGAUUAUUGAUUUUUGCUUACAUAUCCAGGUUUUUUUUAUAACAUAUUCAUAUAUGAAGAUUUUGUAUUUUUCAGUCUUUCAUUACAAGUUAUCAAGAUAUUGACAAUGUAAGUAAUAUAAUAAAAUUCCAAGAUGAAA